AAUGGGAGAAGCUUUGCAAAACAGGAUGUGUGGGAUUCCCCAGUGCCUCCCUCACCAUGGAGGGCUGCUUUGCAACUGUUCCUCAAACAGUGUGAAUUACCUGGUGUAAUACAUCCCUUCCUCUCUCUCUCUCUCUCUCUCUCUUUGUGUGUGUGUGUUUUUAAAAGAGCUCCACGGGCAACCCCUCCAGCAGCAGUGAGGACGAGGACCUACACACCAGGGACCGUGAGGGUUACAUCUGCGCUGUGUGUCUGGAUGUGUACUUCAGCCCUUACAUGUGCCACCCCUGCAACCACAUCUUCUGCGAGCCGUGCCUGCGCACCCUGGCCAAAAACAGCCCCACCAACACCCCCUGCCCGCUCUGUAGGACCAUCAUAUCCCAUGUCUUUUUCCAGAAGGAACUAAAUCAAACAGCUCGGACCUUCUUCCCAAAGGAAUACUUGUUACGGAAGCAGACAUUCCAGAAGGCCACCUGUGCUAAGUGGCCUCUUCCCAGCUGCAGGAAAAUCUUCAGGAUUUUGGGCGGGUUCCAGAGACAGGCUAGUCCAAUUGGCAGGCGUCAGUUUCCUCAUGGCGGGUACCGUCUUGACGCGCUGGACUUUGAGGACGACUCGCGCGGCUGGCGAUUCGACAUGGACAUGGUGAUCAUCUACAUCUACUCCGUCAACUGGGUCAUCGGCUUCAUCGUCUUCUGUUUCCUCUGCUACUUCUUCUUCCCAUCGUUUUAAAAUGGCCGUUGGAGGGAUUAGCUAUUGAGCUAAGAAAUGUAGGAAGCCAGACAUUGACAGUGUUUUUUAAAAUGCAUCAGUUUGCAUGCAUGCUUGAUUCUGAGUCAAAUGUCUCUGCGCAUGUGUAACACUCAUACCUGUUCGAUAACAAACAAAUCAUUUUUUAUUGACUUCACAAAAGAAGUACUUGCAGAGGAAACUUUUCCCAAAAUACU